CAAAGAAUAGCGUGCCGCAGAGGCCGCCGCCGCGACUCGCUGGGCAAGAGCUCCUGGCCGCGGGUGGCAGUCCAAGCGGCCAGGGCGCCAAGCUGCUGCGAAUGCCGCAGCAAUUUCGGCCCAGGCACGCCUCGGGCACGAGCGGACACUCCGCCGCGUACCUCACAUACGGCCGUCCGCCGCCCUUUUCGUCAACGCGCCCCCGGACGUGCAGGCAGCCGGUUUCAGUCGGCCGCGAUGGCGUGUGCAGCGCUGAUCCGCGCGGCCUCGGCCCUGUGCCUGCUCGAGAGGGCGGGCGGCAUCUCCAUCUCCAACGACCACGUCCACAGGCACGAGACUAGCAGGGACCGCCAGGGGCGGACGCGCGUGCUCCGGCUCCAGAAGGAGGCCCUCCGGACCGGCAGCGAUCGCACCGGGUCCUACAUCGCAGAGGACCUCAACCGCUCCGCACGGAUGGAGAUGAAGAGCGUCUUGCCGACCAUUUCUCACUUCGUUCCUGGUCGCAGCGGGGGGGCGACUCGUCGCAACGCCGCGCUCCACGAGACGCUGACGGCCAUGCACGAGUGGCCUAGGGUCGACCUGACCGUGUACGUGCUGACCAAUAAGAUCGUACCAGAGGUUAAGCACAUGGUGAAACGUCAGGUCCUGAUAUCCUCGGACGAGCCGGUCUGCAGCGAGUCGUGGAAGCACAGGUUCUGUGUGCCUUGGGAGGCCAUCCGUGUUUUGCGCAGCGCCAGCACAGGAGGCGCCCCAACCACGAAGCUGGGCUACGAGCUGUUGGCAGAGCCCGUCUAUGACGCCUACGUUUACACCGAGUCAGACAUCAUCAUUCCAGAGACGGCAUUCCAUUUCUGGCGCUACCACGUGGACACCCUGUACAAAAGGGGAUACUUGUUGCUUCCCAUGCGCGCAGAGGACAAAAUCCUCACGCCAGAUGUCAUCGCCGUCGACUGCUUCACCGAGGACUGUGUGAACAAGACCGAAGUGCUGGAAGACAAGGAUGAGAAAAACUUGGCGCUUUACAAAACCAGCAGGGACCGCCACUAUCUUCGGCCAUUCAACCCGUACUCAGGCUGCUUCAUGAUGAGCAAGCUCCAGUUCAUGGACUACCUGGAGAUCGCCCCAUGUGGGACUACCAUAAGGUCUGGCAGCACAAGUACAGCCCCUGGGGGGUCCGCGAGACCGCCGCCAGCGGGCUGCUGUGGGCGCCCGGCUACGGCAAGGAGAGACGGGCCUGACGCACCUGAAGAUGCGGGUGUGGCACCAGAUCCCGAUGAACGGCGUCGGCAAGGGGGACCCCAAGGCCAGAAUUGACCCCUCGCGCUUCCACAGGGUGGACGAGUACCACGACAAGGUCUCUGAGUGCCUGAAUGGCACCACGAAGUGUGGCGAACUGACCCCGCUCAGGCGCGUGUAGGGAGUGCAUCCCCGCUGGAAUUGCCAGCGCUGUCCAACGCCCGCAGCCACAGGUUUCACGGUAUCUUGCGUGACCUCCGGACGCGGGCGAGGCAGAAAAAAGAUGAGACACUUGACGGCGUUUCCGUUGGAUCGCCGUGCGCAUGCUUCGCUAUUGCCGGGCCGUCGGAGGCGGAAGCGUGGCCUUAGCGCAGACUUUCGCCUGGCGCGCCGGAUGUUGUCAUCGCCCUUCCAGUCGGAAAUUUGGCCGCGCGCGGAAUGACUGAACCCUCCUCCCUCCUCCCUCCUCCCUCCUCCCUCCUCC